AUGUCGUUACCUGCUGCUGAGGUGGCGGCUGACUUUCGCGAUGCUCUACAAGAUCUGAGGAUGAACAGUAGACCAGAAAUCAGCAAUCUAACCCUCAUUGCGAAGGAGAACACAGAGUAUGCGCAGGCCAUCUCCACUGAGCUGGAGAACCACAUUCGAACGACUCGUCCAGAAUGGAAGCUGCCCUCCCUUUAUGUCCUCGAUUCCAUCGUCAAGAACGUCGGCACCCCGUACACCGUCUACCUUGGACGGAACCUCUACCGCACAUUCAUGGAUGCCUAUCUCGUGGUGGAUCAGGCUACUCGUAAGGCAAUGGAAGGCCUGCUAAGGACGUGGAAACAAUCAGUACCCGAGUCUAUGGACCCUCGUCCUGUCUUUCCUGGCAAUGUCACCGGAGAUAUUGAAAAUGCUGUCAACAAGAUUCGUACAGUUGCCGCCCAGACACAAGUUCCAAGACCAAUGCAUGCCCUCCCUGCACGACCGCCUUCGAACGUAGCUUGGAGGGACACUUCAUCGCCACCACAGAACAUGACUCGAUAUGCUGCUCCGAAUGAUCCACGUCGGCCAGGAGGUCUGCCGCCUACCCCUCAAUACGGCGCGCCUAUGCCCACAGCUACACCGCCCAUGCCUUUCCAGCAGCAGUUUCAGAGUCCUCAGCCAAUGUCGUCGGUUGAUCUUGCAGAUCUCAAGGCUGAGAUUGCCCAGCUGGUCGCCACCACGCAGACCUCGUUCGCACAUAACCCUGCUGAUGGAGACAUUCGAACAAAGCUUCAAGCACUUCUCUCACUCAAGCAGAUUCUCGACACUCAAACUCUCCCUCCGCAACAGCUCGAAGCUGUGCGCAAGCAAGUCCGGUCACUGGCGCCUGCACCUGCACCAAUGCCGACAUUUGCUCCUCCAACACCAGUACAAGGAUAUCCCUCGCAAAGUAUGCCACCCGGCUUCCCUUCUAUUGGUGCGUCGCCAGCGAGCGCACCGCCGAAUAUUGCACAGCUACUAGCCGGCUUUAGACCACCAGUGCAGACGACACCACAGCCUACGCCGACCCCCCAACCUCCAACAUUUAAUCUGGCAGAUCUUCUGAAACGGGUCUCGUCGCCAUCGCAGUCAUCAUCCAUACUAGCGCCUGCUCCGUUCCAACCUCCGCCCUUCACAGGGUUCCCACUACCUAUACCGACACCUGUACCUGCUCCUGCAGCGGCCGCUACUCCAGCAGCAGCGAAUCCUACAGCGAAUCUAGCAGCUUUGCUUGCACAAUUCAAUAAGCCUGGUGCCGUACCGCCUCCUGCACCACAGACACCGGUGCCACCCCCUCCACAACCUGUAACCACAGCGCCAGCGCCAGGAAGUGCUGAAUGGUUGCUCGCUGCUCUUGGCGGUAUGCCUGGUGGUGCACCCUCGAACGGAGCCCCUUUUGCUGCGCAACCGAUGGCGAGACAAUUCUCGGCGCCUUCAAACGGCCUGAGCGACAUCGAACUCACGACCGCGUCGAUAAAGAAGCCUCGUCUUUACUUGAUCUCACGUCUCUACGAGGCGAAGCCCAAUAUCUGCGCGACCUGUGGCCGCCGCUUCGAAAACACAUCCGAAGGCAAGGAGAAGAAAGCCCGCCACAUGGACUGGCACUUUAAAGUCAAAGAUCCAGAUGCUGCUAAGCGUGGUGUGCACCGUAGCUGGUACAUGUCAGAAAAAGACUGGAUUGACUACCGGGAAGUCGAUGAGACUACACCUACAAACGACACCACUUCCACCAACGCCGUCGCCAAGCCCAAGAAGCAAGCCAAAGAUCGCUACGUGCUUGUUCCGCAGGAUCCAGCACUCCAGCACGCGCCCUGCCCCAUCUGCCAGGAGAAGUUCGAGACGCAGUGGAAUGUUGAUGCGAAUGACUUCGUGUGGAUGGACGCGCUGCAGGCUGGUGGAAAAAUCUACCACGCAACAUGCUUCGAGGAAUACAGUAAGGGUGCGGGCAUUCCAAUGCCGAGCACGCCGGACUCGGUGCUUGGGAAAAGGAAAGCUGAGGCUGGAAUGGGAUUCGAGGGGAAGAAGGUCAGGGCUUUUUGA